CGCCACCCGCGCCUCCGCCACCUCUCCCUCCACGAGUACCUCUGCAUGGAGCUCCUGGCCGAGGCCGGCGUCUCCGUCCCGUACGGCUCAGUGGCCAGGACACCGGAGGAAGCCUACCGGGCGGCACGGAAGGUCGGCACCCAGGACCUGGUGGUCAAGGCCCAGGUGUUGGCCGGCGGGCGGGAAACAGGGGUCUUCGAAGGCGGGCUGAGGGGCGGCGUGCAAAUCGUGGGCUCGCCCGAGGAGGCCCGGGCGGUGGCCACCCGGAUGAUCGGUAAGAGGCUGGUGACCAAGCAGACCAGGGAACGAGGGCGGAUCUGUCACCAGGUCUUCGUCUGCGAACGCCGCUACCUGCGGAAGGAGUAUUACUUCGCCAUCAGCAUGGAAAGGGAGUUCCAGGGUCCCGUCAUGGUCGCCAGUUCUCAAGGCGGCCUCCAAAUCGAGGACGUGGUGGCCGAGAAGCCGGCAUCCAUCUUGAAGGAGCCGGUCGACAUCGUCACGGGACUCCGCAUGAGCCAAGCCGUGCCGUUAGCCGCCAGGAUGGGCUUCCCGGAGGGGCUGGCGGAGGAGGCGGCCGACACCAUGGUCAAGUUGUAUGACUUCUUCAUUGGGCAUGACGCCGUCCUGCUGGAGAUCAACCCGCUGGUGGAGGACUCCACUGGGCGGGUGAUGUGCAUGGACGCCAAGGUCAUCUUCGACGGCAACGCGGCCUUCCUCCAGCCGAGGAUCUUCACCAUGCAGGACUGGACGCAGGUGGACGAGAAGGAGCGGGAGGCGGCCGACGCCGACCUCAACUACAUCGCCUUGGGAGGCAACAUCGGCUGCCUGGUCAACGGGGCGGGCUUGGCCAUGGCCACCAUGGACCUCCUCCAGCUCCACGGCGGGUCGCCAGCCAACUACCUCAGCGUCGGGGGCGGGGCCACGGUGGAGCAGGUGACCGAGGCCUUCCAGCUGAUCACCUCCGACGAGAAGGUCCAGGCUAUCCUGGUCAACAUCUUCGGAGGGCUGAUGCGCUGUGACGUCAUCGCCCGCGGGAUCAUCCUGUCCGCCGAGGACCUGGCGCUGAAGGUCCCUAUCGUGGCCCGCCUGCAAGGCACCCGGGUGGAUGACGCCAAAGUCCUCUUCGCCGAGAGCGGCUUGAAGAUCCUGGCUUGCAACGACCUGGACCGGGCGGCCGCCACCGCCGUGGCCCUCGCCGAGAUCAUGCGCCUGGCGAAGGACCUCCACGUCGACGUCAACUUCCAGCUGUCUGCCUGA